AGCUCGCUCAGCUCCGUCUCCGUGGCUUCACCACCACAGUCAUUUUUGUCUCGACGGUCCGUGUUGACUUGCGCAUCGCCAACCACGGAAAAAGCCACGAUGCCUCCAAAAGCAGCUCCUCCUCAGACGGAGUUUGUCCAUCCCGAAGCUGGCCAUGCGCGAAAGAAGCCCCCAAGUGCUUUCGCCAUCGAACCCAUCACCGUGUUUUACUGCUUCCUCGCCGCCAAUGUUGUCUCUGCCCUCUUCGCCCCGAUCCAAGACUGCGAUGAAACAUUCAACUACUACGAGCCGACCCACUACCUAUCACAUGGCUAUGGCCUCCAGACCUGGGAAUACUCCCCCACCUAUGCCAUCCGGAGCUGGCUCUACGUUGUCCUGCAUGCCAUUGCUGGAAACAUCCGUCGCCUGAUGCCGCAGUCCACCAAGGUCGGCGAGUUCUACUUCAUCCGCUAUGUGCUUGCCUUUGGCUGCGCCCUGUGCCAGACCCUUCUUUUCCGUGCCAUCAGCAUUACCCUCAAUGCCCGCAUCGGCCUUUUCUUCGUCAUGGCCACCGUCUUCAGCCCCGGAAACUUCCAUGCCAGCACCGCAUACCUUCCCUCUAGCUUCGCAAUGUACAUGGCCAUGCUCGGUGCUUCGUCUUUCAUGAACUGGCGUGGGGGCCUCAAAACCGCCCAAGGCAUCUUUUGGUUUGCUUUGGGAGGCGUUGUGGGAUGGCCCUUUGCAGUGGCGCUUUCUGCCCCCUUCCUCAUCGAAGAGGCUCUUUUUGCUGUCUUGAGUGACAAGGAUCGCUUCAUCGAAGCCAUCCUUCGCGUCGCCAGGGGCGUGACUGCUGGUCUGAUUAUCCUCUUUUUCGAUGGCUGCAUAAACACGUUUUUUUACAAGAAGGUUGAGGUCGCCGCCUGGAACAUUGUCAAGUACAACAUCUUUUCCGAGACUGGUGGCCCGGAACUCUACGGCACUGAGCCCUGGUCCUUCUACUUCCGCAACCUGGCCCUGAACUUCAAUAUCUGGUUUGUUCUGGCUCUCUUGUGCCUGCCACUGUUCCUUUUGCAAAAAAUCGUCUCUCCCUCCGGUCAGGGUUUCCAGACCGGUCUUCGCGCAUUGGUCUUCAUCUCGCCCUUCUAUCUCUGGCUCGGCAUCUUUACUCUGCAGCCGCACAAGGAGGAGCGCUUCAUGUACCCCGCCUAUCCCUUCCUGGCACUGAACGCGGCCAUGUCUCUGCACAUCCUUCUCGCGGCGUUUGGCAACUCUGAUCCCAAGACUCUUGUCGGCAAGAUCCCUGCCAAACUCAAGCUGUCUCUGGUCACUCUCGUCCUCCUUCUCUCCUUCGAUAUCAGCCUUUUUCGGGUCUAUGGAAUCUGGUCUGCUUACUCUGCUCCGCUGACCCUUUAUAAGCCGCUUGGAGCUGGUGUUAGCGGUCAGCAGGGAGUCGGCGUCCGUGGCGAUAACGUGUGCUUCGGAAAGGAGUGGUACCGCUUUCCGUCUUCCUACUUCCUCCCUCGGGAUAUGCACGCCAAAUUUCUUCGUUCAGAGUUCCGCGGUCUGCUGCCUGGCGAAUUCUCCGAAGCCCGCACCGGCUUUGGUUUCUGGAGCGGCACGUGGCUUCCCACCAACGGACUGAACGACAGGAACGAGGAGGAUAUGGGCAAGUACGUCGAUCAGCGAGCCUGUGGGUUCUUGGUCGAUACCCAGUACCCGGAGCGAACCGAACCUCCUCCUCCGAACGAGCCAGACUAUGUCGCAGACGAAGAGCAUUGGGAAAUUGUCAAAUGUGUUCCCUUCUUGGACGCGCAAAAGACUCACCCCCUGGCCCGGGCUUUGUGGGUGCCUGACUUGCCCUUCAUCCCCGAAGAGUAUCAAAGGAAAUGGGGACGCCAUUGUCUCUUGAAACGCAAAAAGUAGAACCGGUAGAGUCACCCGGAUUAGGCUGUUCAGGUCAUAUGGUGUGGCCAUAUGCUUGAGACUCAAUCUACUCAUCAAGGUCACAU